AUGGCCAUCUGUCAAGUUUUGACAAUUCAGUCAAAAAUUUAUACCAUUUUUAACUUAGUUAUGCAGCAUAAUAAUUCACUGAUUGAUAUGUAAUCCAUUCAGUAGCUCUGCAUUAAUAUGAAGAUACUUUAAGUGCUUGAAAUUCAAAAAACUGAAAUUUCUAUGUGUUAAAAAUGCUAGCAGUGAUGGAGGCAUCUCAAAGUACUGCAGGUCCAAGUAAUACAAAUCAGGUUCCUGCUGUGACACCAGAAGAACAGGCUGCUAAUGCAAAAGACUUUUUAUCUUCUGGUCGGACUGGAAGGCGAAAUGCCCUAGCUGAUAUUUUAAAUCCAGAACAAAUCAUUGAAUUAAGGUCAAUUUCCCCAAGCAGUGUUAAGAGUAACGAAACCUCAAACAAAAGUGAAAAUGAUGAAGAAGAUAAAGAGGAAAAUUCACUCGAAGUGAAAGAAAAGAAGAUUCACUCCAAAGAAAAGAAAGUAUCGACCAAAUUAAAAGAUUCCAAGAAAAAUAAUGAAAUGAUAUUUGAAACUGAUGCAACCGACCUACCUGAUUCGAUAAUCCUGAUAAACGAUGAAAUUUUACAAAAAACAAAAUAAUUUAUUUUUAAUAUUUUAGACCAAUAAAUUAUUAAAAAAA